CCUCUGUAUUCCCAGGACUGUACAGAGGAGAAUCCCAGGAUCUCACAGGAGGAUCAGGUAGAACGUCUUUCUUGUAUAAAGGCAGAAGAUAUAAGGAGAGAAGAAGAGACAUAUGUGACUGAUAUAAAGGCAGAAGAUAUAGAGGAAGAAGAAGAGACAUAUGUGACUGAUAUAAAGGCAAAAGAUAUAGAGGGAGAAGAAGAGAUGUAUGUGACUGAUAUAAAGGCAGGAGAUAUAGAGGGAGAAGAGGAGACAUAUGCGACUGAUAUGAAGGCAGAAGAUAUAGAGGGAGAAGAAGAGACGUAUGUGACUGAUAUAAAGGCAGAAGAUAUAGAGGGAGAAGAAGAGACGUAUGUGACUGAUAUGAAGGCAGAAGAUAUAGAGGAAGAAGAAGACACGUAUGUGACUGAUAUAAAGGCAGAAGAUAUAGAGGGAGAAGAAGAGACAUAUGCGACUGAUAUGAAGGCAGAAGAUAUAGAGGGAGAAGAAGAGACGUAUGUGACUGAUAUAAAGGCAGAAGAUAUAGAGGGAGAAGAAGAGACGUAUGUGACUGAUAUGAAGGCAGAAGAUAUAGAGGAAGAAGAAGACACGUAUGUGACUGAUAUAAAGGAAGAAGAUAUAGAGGGAGAAGAAGAGAUGUAUGUGACUGAUAUAAAGGCAAAAGAUACAGAGGAAGAAGAAGAGACGUAUGUGACUGAUAUAAAGGCAGAAGAUACAGAGGGAGAAGAAGAGACGUAUGCGACUGAUAUGAUGACAGAAGAUACAGAGGGAGAAGAAGAAACGUAUGUGAGGGGUGAUCAGCAGUGUAAGGAGGAGGAGAUCCCUACAGAUAUCAGCACAGGAGAUGGACACACAAGCAGGAAUAUCUCAGAAGGACAUCUAAUGUUAUCCCAGGAUUGUGACAUAAAAGAUAAUGACAGUAGACAGGAUUCUCCAGGAGAUAACCCCAUUACCCCAAUUAUACAUCCAGCUCUAUCAGCUGAUCCCUCUGAUCCUGGGAAAUGUUCUCCUGAUCACUCUGAUAUUGGUGCAUCUGUUACAGCUCUGAGAGUAGAUUCAGUGUUUCCUUGUUCUAUAGAUGCACCAUGUUUUACACAGAACACAAACCUUAUUACUCAUCAGCCAGCUAAGGCAGGUGAGAGGCCAUUUCCAUGUUCUGAGUGUGGGAAAUGUUUUACAUAUAAAUCAUAUCUUGUUAGACAUGAGAGAAGUCACACAGGUGAGAAGCCGUAUUCCUGUUCUGAGUGUGGGAAAUGUUUCGCAUAUAAAUCAGCUUUUAUUACACAUCAGAGAAGUCACACAGGUGAGAAGCCGUAUUCCUGUUCUGAGUGUGGGAAAUGUUUCGCAUAUAAAUCAGAUCUUGUUACACAUCAGAGAAGUCACACAGGUGAGAAGCCGUAUUCCUGUUCUGAGUGUGGGAAAUGUUUUGCACAGACAUCAGCUCUUGUUACACAUCAGAGAAGUCACACAGGUGAGAAGCCAUAUUCCUGUUCUGAGUGUGGGAAAUGUUUUUCAUUGAAAUCACAUCUUGUUAGUCAUCAGAGAAGUCACACAGGGGAGAAGCCAUAUUCCUGUUCUGAGUGUAGGAAAUGUUUUGCACGGAAACCAGCUCUUGUUAUACAUCAGAGAAGUCACACAGGUGAGAAGCCGUAUUCCUGUUCUGAGUGUGGGAAAUGUUUUGCACACAAAUCACAUUUUGUUAUACAUCAGAGAAGUCACAGUGAGAAGCCGUAUUCCUGUUCUGAGUGUGGGAAAUGUUAUUCAUCGAAACCAGAUCUUGUUAUACAUCAGAGAAGUCACACAGGUGAGAAGCCAUAUUCCUGUUCUGAGUGUGGGAAAUGUUUUGCAUGGAAAUCAGCUCUUGUUGCACAUCAGAGGAGUCACACAGGUGAGAAGCCGUAUUCCUGUUCUGAGUGUGGGAAAUGUUUUGCACACAAAUCACAUUUUGUUAUACAUCAGAGAAGUCACACAGGUGAGAUGCCAUUUUCCUGUUCUGAGUGUGGGAAAUGUUUUUCAUCGACAUCAGUUCUUGUCAAACAUCAGCGAUUUCACAGAUGAGAAGCCAUUUUCAUGCUGUGAGAGAAAUAAAUCUGCUCUUGUUGAACAUAUUAGACAUUACCCAAGUACGGAACCAUUUACGUCUUCUGGAGUAUAAUUAUCACUGCCGUCCAAUGUUCCUCAAGGGUGAAUCCGAUCUCUUAUGCUUUAUAAAAUAUACAUGCUACCACUGGGUGAUAUAAUCAGACAUCAUGGCCUGGUCUACCACAGCUAUGCAGAUGACCUGCUUUUUGCACCAUGUACUGAGAACCUAAUACCAAUCCUAAAUGGUUGUCUAGCUGAGCGCCAGGGGUGGAUGAUGCCAGUUGGCUGUGACUCAGUCUUUGUGAAACAUAAUAGAAGCUCCCGAACAAAGGACAAGACUACAGCUUUACCAACCAUCUGGAUUUAUGCUUUGGUGUUCAGAAUUGCAAAAUACUGAACAUGUGCUGAAUCUUUGUGAUGUCCUGGUAUGUGGCUGACACAUACAUCAGGUAUCCGCUACAUACAAAUCCUCAUUCUUUCAUCUGUGGACCAUAGCCAGAAUCAAGCACUUGAUUCACUCAGAAGUUCAUAGACUACUGCAAUGCCAUCUACCUGGGUCACCCAGCAAAAGAAUUACAGAGCUUGCAGCUAGUACAGAAUGCAGCAGCCAGGCUGUUACCUAACCAGCCCGUUCCUGCCUCAUAACACCCAUUCUAUACUCCCUUCACCGGCUGCCUGUAAGACGACAAAUCUAUUUCAUAAUUAGCUAAAUGACCUUCCCAGCCCAGCAUUACAUGGUCCAAGGUACUAGAAGCAGCUUCUGCCUCCUUACUGCCCUGCUUGCUGGCAUCUACAGAUGAAGGACUGUUACCAGCAGUACCAAGAAUCUCCUGUCAUUCAUUUAUGGGUUGAACGUUUAGCUUUGACCAUGGAACUCACUGCCUUGCACAGUCCAAGAGGCCUCCACUCUAGAGACCUUCACAAGCAGGCUGAUGACUGUUACUCACGCUUUUCAUUAAUGUACCUCUAUUUACUUCCUAAAUAAUACAUCCCAAAUGCUUAGGUCUUUUUUCUGCUGUUUAUUUUGUAUCUUGUGCUUUGUGUAAAUGUGAGUGUCUAAUGCCAGUUUCCACAAUCUGUAUUGCUGCAUGACAAUAUGGCGGCCAUUGGAACGUGUUUUCACUUCUUCUAGUUUGCCUAACUUGUUGCAGACACUCAUCUUGAUCAGGAGUGUCGAGUGUUUUCUGAUACAAGAUCCUGUCCAUAUAUACCCUGUAUAUUACCAUGUGCAUUAGAGUCACCCGGGUUCCAUCUGCGGUGGUUUGUUGUAUGUUACAUCUAUAUGGUGCGGAUACUCCCCUGUAUGAUUUCAUAAUAAAAGCUUUU